AGUGACGUGUGAACGUGUGGUCUGUGCGCGCUCGCAGUUGCUCCGCAUCGAUCGACCACGGUCGUACGACAUAAAUAUCACUCACAUACGCUCCUAGUAAUCUUUGUAGUGGUCACCAUAUCGUCUAGUAACUCAGGAUAGCUACUGUGAUAGAACACAGACAAUGAAGUUCCACCAAAUCAUUUUGCUGAUGGUGUCAUCCAGUUGUGUUUUGGAACUCAGUAUCGCCUGUUACGUAUUCCCAAAGGAACAAAGUGAUCCUUGCCGGGAGAAGCAGUGUGGAUGGGGCGCCCAAUGCGUGGUAAGCUCUGACGGGCGGAACGCCAGUUGCACGUGUCCGGACAAGUGUCCCGGGUACGGGGACCACGACUCCUCCCGGCCAGUCUGCGGUUCCGACGCUGUCGACUACGUGAACCUUUGCGAACUCAAAAGGGCGGCUUGCACCAGAAACUCCAACAUUACCGUCAAGUUCGCUGGCAAGUGCGACCCGUGUGCUGGAGUGCAAUGUGCAGAACCAGAAGUUUGUCAGUUGGAUGAACAACGUAAUCCAGUUUGCCGGUGCGGUGAUACCUGUCCUCUAGAAUUUACGCCAGUGUGCGGUUCAGACGGAAAAACCUACUCCAAUGAGUGUACACUGAGGCAAGAGGCUUGCAGGGCUAGGAAGACUCUUAAUAUUAUCUACAGAGGGAAAUGCAGCUCUGGCAUAAACCCUUGUAUGAGCGUCCGUUGUACAAUGGGUGAGGAAUGCGCCAUAAACAAAUUUGGAAUCGCACAUUGCCAGUGUCCAUCUUCGUGUGAACCAGUCAUGCGACCAGUUUGCUCCAAAGAUGGAAGAACUUUUCCUUCUGAGUGCGAGCUCAGAAGAACUGCUUGCUCAGCCCGCUCCAACAUCGAAAUCGCCUACGCAGGUGUAUGUGGAGAAAAAGGUCCUUGUACAGACCAUCAGUGUCAGUUUGGAGCAACGUGCGUGGAAAGAUCAGGCACAGCACACUGCGAAUGCCCUCAAUGCUCAUCAGAAUUCCAGCCAGUGUGCGGAUCCGAUGGAAUCUCCUAUGGAAAUGAGUGUAAGCUGAAACUUGAAGCCUGCAAGCAUCGUAGGGAGAUCACCGUACUUUACGAAGGACCCUGUAACGGCUGUGAAAACAAGAAAUGCGACUUCUAUUCGGUAUGUGAAAAUGAUGGAGCCACGGAGGGACGAUGCGCUUGCCCUGAAGCCUGUUCUGAUGCAAAAUUGACCAACGGUACCGUGUGCGGCACAGAUGGAGUCACCUAUGCCACCGAAUGCGAGCUACGCAUCAACUCCUGCAAAACGAAGCAAUUCGUUCUAUUGGCGUACAAGGGGAACUGCGAUCUAUGCCAAGGGGUUGAAUGCAAAUAUGGCAGCCGAUGUGAAGCUGGUGAAUGCGUCUGUCCCACCGACUGUGCCGGGUCUGGUGACGAACCCGUAUGUGCCUCGAAUAUGGUGACCUACCCCAAUGAGUGCGAACUUCAGAAAGCGAUGUGUUUGCAACCCUCAAACUUACCCCCUUUGAGUGUUGUCUUCUACGGCGACUGUCGCGAAAGAUUCCCCGUCGCCGGCACAAUAAGUAAUCAGAACUUCAUCGAAAAGAAGAGUUGUGAAGACAGCUGGUACGGUUGCUGCCCAGAUGGUAAAAACCCUGCGCAAGGGCCAAACUUUGCCGGCUGCCCUUCGCAAUGUGGCUGCAAUAAGUUGGGAUCCUACUCGGAAACAUGCGAUCCAGAGACGCAGCAAUGCAAAUGCAGGCCCGGCGUAGGUGGAGCUAAGUGCGAUAGAUGCGAAUCUGGAUUCUGGGGAUUGCCUAAGAUCUCUUCCGGGUAUCGAGGGUGUAUACCCUGCGGAUGUUCCGUGUUUGGAUCUGUCAGAGAUGACUGUGAACAAAUGACAGGCAGAUGUGUUUGCAGACCAGGCGUACAAGGUCAAAAAUGUACAGUCUGUACGAGCCAUAACAAAAUUCUUGGACCCAACGGAUGCGUGUCAGCCGAUGUAACUACCUCACCCCCCACUACGUGCAAAGAAUUGACGUGUUAUUUCGGAGCAACAUGCAUCGAAAGGAGUGGCCUGGCUGUCUGCGAAUGCCAUACCAAAUGUACUGAAGACAAUGAGCCUCAAGUUGUCUGUGGUAGUGAUGGUCAAACAUACAAGUCGCCUUGUGACUUGAAACAGCUGGCUUGCCGACUUCAAAAAGAUAUCGUCGUACAAGCGUUUGGGGCAUGCAAAGACGAUAUGUUUUCAAGCACCGAUUGGCCCAUCCGGCGCUACACGCCGCUGCAAUUCACUCAGCCGGACGAAUCCAACUCUCCGCUGUCCAAGUCGACACGGCACCUGCUCGUGCCGGAACCCGAUCCCCGGUACUACUACGAGCGCAGCGGCAACAGCGCACGCCCUUUGGCGCCUGUUUCCAUUCCGGAUCAGAAGUCCGGGGAGGUGGGCAUCUCCGGUGGGCCGCCGCCAAAGGAGGAUGCCGGAUUCGAGGCGCUCCCGCCUGGAGCUAAUAUCGCUUACCACACACGCGGUUCCGUCAGUAUGUGAAAGAAAGUUUCAGCAUUCUCAUAGAUCACCCGAUGAUUCGGAUCUACAUUCAACACAAACUAAUAGUUAAGCCUAGAUACCCUGUAAUGAUACGCAUUACACAUAGUUCCUGCGUUGCAUUUUGUAACUAUUACAUGUAUGAGUAAUAAAGCUAUCUCGACGA